AUGCCUCGGACAAAGAUAAUCACCGGUGAUCAGCCUCGGUUGAACGACCAAGAGACAACCACACUGCAGUCCCAUGUUGAGGACUGGGAGAAGGCAAGUGGAACUGAGCAACGACAGAUUUUCAAAGUGGCCGCCAGAGAGGCAAAACUUUUCGCUCCAAAGAUGGACAAAGAGCUCUUGAAGCAACGAAAAGAGAGAUACAGGCAGUGGUUCUACAAUCACAAGAAACCCAAGAAAUGGACAGCCCGCCGAGUCAUCGAAGAGGAGCGGAAGGCCGACAUUCUUCAGCAAAUACAUGAAGAAAUUGAGGAGGAGACUGGGCAGAAGCCUGAGCAGAAAGAAGUCCUCAGAAGAUAUCAACCUACCAUGACGGCAAUCAUGAAAGGGCUCAACGAUGAUGAGUUGGAGGAAGCCCGGGCAAAGGCCGACCAGUGGACAAAUCAAGUGCCUGACCCUGUAGUCCAGGCCAAGACAGCUAAGAAGAAGGGUGCAAAAAAUGAUCAAGCACUUCGCCAAAGAGAUGUUUACUCAGGCCAGUAUGAGACUCUUUUUGAUAUGCUCGGUCGGUUGGUCAUUGUGCUUACAUGGUUUGGCAGGUUUGACUUCAAUGAACACCUCGGAAGAGGAUCCAGCUUCAUGAAAUGCAAGGACUGGCAGGUCAUCUUACCGGCAUGGGAAGAUUUUAUUGGUGAUGAAUUCGACCAGGAUCAAGACCAGGACGGCACACUGUUGGGAGGCACUCGCCGAGUCCCCAAGCCUCAUUACGAGUUCGACCUGGACCGUAUGGAUUUGCCGAUAUUGCCUGAUAUUAAGGGUGUCUCGCUUGAAGUCAAGAAGGCAAUGAUUCGGUCAUUCCUCACCAUUCAUUACAGAAUAUGUUGCGGAAAACGGAAGGUCCCAGUGCCAUGGAGUGACAUAAUGAAGGGGCAGUCACGGUUCAUCUCCAGCACAUACCUGCCAAAUGAUAUCAAGAUCACAGACCCAUCCAAAAUGCAACGGAAUGAAGCCAAUGCCUUGUUGGAAUGUUGGUUGGACCGACAAGACCACCAGGUUGGACUAAUGUUAAAGUUCAAAGCAUGGAUUGACGACAAGGGCAAGAUGCAUUCACCGGUCGGCGAAGGGUCUGAUGGGUCUGAUGCUGAUGCUGAUGAUGAGGGCUUAUGGCCCAGGCCAACUGCAAAGUCAUCGGCCGCCACUGCACUCUCAUCGGUCAGACUUCCAAAAAGGCCGCCGAGGUUCAUCAAACGGGCUCAUAUCGGUUCUGCCGAUGAAGACUCUAACAACACCGAUGCCUCCAACCGUGUGGAGAAAGAUGCAAUUACCGCACACAGUGACCAGGUGGGGCGCGAGUCAGAGUCAGAUGACCGACCGCGACCGAAGAGCUUGCGUAAGAGAGCUACAAUUGAGCCUGCCAUCAUCUCACUGCCAACAGACUUCGCACAAAUGGGCCGACCGGUGGUAGAGUUGGUCAGGAAAGUUACUCAUAACAGACAAGCCACUACUGCAGGCAGGACCGGCAUGCCCAUCGAACAGGUGACCGAGGGAUCAGCUGAUGAAAGUGGUGGCAACACUGCACCCAAAGCCGACUAUGACGCAAGUGGUGCUCAUCAUUGUGGCCAGCACAUUCGUAGCUUCGGCCCACAUUCAACUCGUCGGGGCAUGGAACAUCUUCUGGCAACACCAGUGGCAAAUGACCGGUUGACCAAGAAGACCAAGGCAACUAGGAAUAUAUCGCCCGCGGUAAAUGACGGGUUGCCGAAGAAAUCAUUUGCCACCAGAGACAGGUCACCGGCGGUGAAUGACUGGUUGCCCUCGCCUGCGGUAAAUGACCGGUUGCCGAAGAAAUCACUUGCCGCCAGAGACAGGUCACCGGCGGUGAAUGACCGGUCGCCCAAAAAGACCAAGGCUACCAGAUCGGCGGCUCGCUCGCUCUCUGAUGCACCAGCCAGGAGUACAAGGAGUAAGAUUGACAACGGGCUUGGCGCCCGAAUUCGACAAAAGCCCAAGAGAUAUGCCGACUAUGUGUAG